UCCUCCAAAACCCCGCGCAGCCCUACUUAGCAUGAAUCUCACCGACAAGGAGUACGUGGCCUGAGUUGCUCAUGAGGAUAAGAUGAGCUCAGGCCCAAGAUGGUAUUGUUCGGGUUUAGCGGGGUCUUUUCCUUAGUCUCCCGACUUCAUAAUUAAAUGAUUAAUUAAGAUGAACUCCCAGGAAAUUACCUCAUUACUUUUACCUCCUCCCUCCUUUUCUUACCCCUCAUUAAACGCCGUCGAGAUCACGAGCCCAUAGCACUGCUCCACCAUUAGACAAAAUGGCUUCGGCGCCUCACGCCUCAUUCCAGCAGUUAGAGAAGUUGGGGGAAGGAACUUAUGCGACAGUCUUCAAAGGCCGCAACAACCAGACAGGAGAAAUGGUCGCGUUAAAAGAGAUUCACCUCGACACAGAAGAAGGGACGCCCUCCACGGCCAUCCGCGAGAUCUCCCUAAUGAAAGAGCUCCAGCACGAGAACAUCCUCUCCCUCUACGACGUCGUUCACACCGAGAAUAAACUUAUGCUAGUCUUCGAAUACAUGGACAAGGAUCUCAAGCGAUACAUGGAUACCUACGGCAACCGCGGCCAACUCGACCCGACCCUGAUUAAAUCCUUCGUGUACCAGCUCCUCCGCGGCGUCGCGCACUGCCACGAGAACCGCAUUCUGCAUCGCGAUCUCAAACCCCAAAACCUACUAAUUAACACCAAGGGCCAGUUAAAACUCGCUGAUUUCGGCCUAGCCAGGGCCUUCGGCAUCCCGGUCAACACCUUCUCCAACGAGGUUGUCACCCUCUGGUAUCGCGCCCCGGACGUUCUCCUCGGCAGCCGCAGCUACAACACCAGCAUCGACAUCUGGUCAAUCGGCUGCAUUCUAGCCGAGAUGUACACCGGGCGGCCUCUGUUCCCGGGAACCACGAAUGACGACCAGCUACUGAAGAUCUUUCGCGUGAUGGGCACGCCAUCGGAGAUCACGUGGCCCGGAAUCUCAAAGUUCCCCGAGUACAAGCCUGACUUCCCGGUGUAUGCGACGCAGGAUCUGCGGCAGGUUGUUUCGCGCAUUGAUCCGUUGGGGGUUGAUCUGCUGAGGCGCAUGUUGCAGUUGCGUCCGGAGAUGCGCAUUAGCGCGGCGAGCGCGUUGAACCAUGUGUGGUUUAAUGAUAUUCCUCGGCCGAUACCUUGGAAUGCGAAAUAGUAAUUAGGAUAGCUUGCCUUUCAUCUGCCUUUUUU